AAUGGAUGGAGAAACAUUUAACUUUUAUUCUAACGAAUUUCAUGCCGAAGCCGAGUUAAGAUCGGCUUGUGCCGUUGAAGAAAAACUUCGUAGCAAUAAAGCGAAAUCUUUUGCUGAAGCGGAUAGUACUCACGUUCUAGCUGGAAAAACUCCUCCUGAUUCACCUUAUAAAAUUGGCAAAGUCAGAAAAGCACGAACAACAUUCACUAGAGCUCAGGUUGAAGCCCUGGAGAAUAAAUUUCUCGAGUCUACUUUUAUCAGUCGAGAUGAAAGACAAAAAUUGGGCAAGGAACUAGGACUAACAGCUAAACAAGUCAUGGUUUGGUUCCAAAAUCGUAGAGGACGUCUAAAGAGGAGAGGUAAACAAGAUGCUGCCUACAGCGAAGACAAGCUUAACGAGGUGGUCUGUCAAAAGCCUUUCGAAGUUCGUCCACUUCACCAAAUUGCUCCGUGGUUUCAUCAAACCCCUCAGGCUCCUGUCGUACCCUACUCGUACGUUCAUCCCGAUUGUCAAUUUACAAGCCCCUUUGCUUUGUCGACUCGUUCGGAUUACGUACCGCAAAAUCUACUUGAACACAGGGCAGCCUACUCUCCGUACUAA